GCGCACGUCGCAGUUUACUUACAACUACGAGUAAAUGUAAUCGGAAAUGUAAAACUCUCGCAAUCAGUACUACAACAAAAAUAUUUAUUUAAACUUUUUAAAUUUUAAUUUUGUGCGAUAAAUUUAGUGUUUAGUGUUUUGGUGGUUAUUUUUUUUGUUUUGUGAUUUUCGUUUGGAUUAAUUUCUACUGCCCCCUGAGGAACAAGUGAUAAUUAUGCCCGCACGAUGGUGCGUUAUAAAAGUGCCGGCCGUGAUGCGGCCGCUGCAGCACAGCGAGUGCAGCAGCAGGAGCCGACGCUGGCAAUAAAAAAGGAUUAAACAACCCCUGGAAUUGCGAUGCGCCCGAUAACCUUUGAGAAUCUGCGCCGCCUCGUCGGGGGCGGCAAGAAGAAAAAGGACAAGGAGUCGUCCUUUAAGCGCAGCGACUCGUUUAAGCGCAUUUCGAUCCGGAAGAGUUAUCUGGACCGAGGCAAGAAGAAACAUCAGCAGUUACAGACGCAGUCGCAGACGCCCAGCCAAAAGUUGGAGGCGGCUACACAGACAAUAGAGGAGAUUACUGCUGACGAAGUGGUGGUGCCAUGUCGACAGAGCAAGAGUACACAGGUCGAAAUUAACGUAAAUCCUGCAUCUGCAGGACGCGGAAAGAAAACAGACUCGAAUAGUCGUGAAGGACCUGGACAAAGUGUGAUUGCCUAUGGGCAAUGGUUGAAAGGUAUUAGGAAAGAUGACUCCUCAGGUGGUGUCACCCAUUCAACGGGGGCCAAAGGUGCUGAGAGGACAGUCAUUUAUGUACCGGCUUCCGAUGAGAUCAAACUUCCUGCACCACCUGUUAUAAGACAGUUGUCUUCUUCGCCUGUCCUGAGGAAAAAGACGACGAAAACUUCGCCAUUGCUCCAACGUAAGGAGAGUAAUGAUUCUGCAGUUGAGAUGUUUCCAUGGGGUGAUUAUGUUGAUGUGAAGAAAUCUCCUAUUAUUAGAAAGCGGGAACGUCAGAGGACUUUCUCACCUCCUCCAUUGAUUCCCCAUCCUGAUUCUGGUACAGAAGAACUCUGUUCGCUUUCGAUCAGUUUGGGUAGGAUUUGGAUGGAUGCUCCUCAGGCCAUGGCUCCGAGGAGUUUGGAAAUGCCUAGAUCUUCUGCUACUGCUAUAGGUGCUCAUAAUUCAUUGGAUAGUGCUUUGAAGGACCUGAGAGAUGAUCCCAUAGUGAUUAAUAGGUUGCAGAAAAGACCUGGUCCACCAGUUGGGAGGACCUUGUCUUCUACUAGUAAUACUACAGCUAGUACCGGGUUAUUUUCCAGUAAAGAUUCUGGAUUCUCCUUUAGUAUAUCAAUCCCUAAGUUGUCUGAUGAUAGCAUUGUAUCCAGAGGGUUCUUUAGAAAAAAGCGACCCAAACCUAAGUUAUCCGUAAGUAGAGAUGGUUACUUCAAAAGGACCAGUGGAGCUGCUCUCAUAGUAGACUCCAAGAGAAGUUCUUUAAGCAGGCGUAGUACCCGCAGUAGUUAUCGCAAACGCAAAACAUCCCUGCGUAGAAAAUCUAAAACCGGAAGUUGUUCCAAAAGUGAAAUGUAUCAGGUAGUGGUCAGUCGACCUCCACGGUGUUUGAAAUCCCUGAAACUAGAUCCGAUGAUCUUCGUCCCACCUGAAAAGCGUAAAGUCUCAAAAGUCUCCUCUGUGAAGCGUAAGCAAUCGUUUAAAGUGCAAAUGCGCGAGGUGCGUCACUUCAACCUGCCGGGACCACCGCCGGAGGAGGAUUUCCUCUCGGAGGGGCUGUACGAAAGCCUUCCGGAUGAUAUCGGCGAGUUUUCCGAGGACGCUUGUUCGCGGGUGUCGUUGGGAUCGAUCGGCAGCGACUACGACGGCGAUGAUAACGAUAACGAAUUGAGCUCGUCAGAGGCAGAGCACAGUCAGCGGCCGUACGUGCCUCCCGGGCGGUCGCCGGUGCCGAGGAGGCGGCAGGUGCGCCGCCGGAAGUCGACACUUCAGCACAAAAAGAGCAUCACGUACAAUGUUAAACCUACGAUCAUCAGGGCGCCGUCCACGUUAAAGAAGACGAAAAAAACUGGUGACAUCACUCAGAAAGGAUAUGAGAAGAAGAAGACGCGUUUACUCGCCCCCUACGUACCGAAAACACAACAGAAUUCAACGGGCAGCUCCGCCAACGAUGGCGGCAGCGCUGGGAACGGCACCGGAGGAAAUAGCGUCGGUGGUGGUGGUGGCGGCAGUGGCGGCGGCAGCGGUCGCGACCGCGAUGCCGGCAAGCAGCACACACGACGUCGCACACAGCGUCGCGUCACUCAUAGCGAGAAGAGAUAUCAUUCAGAAGUCCGGCAAGAGGCGGUGCAGCAGGCGCUCGCCCAGGCGCUGCAGAAUCGACACAAGCCCUCGCUGCCGAUGCCCUCCAAGCGGACGUCCGUCAUGGCGCGCAGCCCCGAUAGGGAUCGACACGACUCCGCGGAAUCUUCGUCCGAUGAGGACAGCAUCGUGAACGAGGAGACGAGCACGCCGGAGCGCGAACGUAGCAGUCGCACUCCGCAGCAGCUGCCGCCGCCGCCGAUGUCGGACACUAGCAGCACUGGCUCGCCGCCGCCGCCGCACCAUCGGCAGCGGUUGCCUGCGCCGCCACCCGUAUGGGACCAUCGCUCUUCGCGCAACACCGAAAUCACAGAUAUUUCUUCUGCCAUGCAGAAUAUUCGACCAUAUUCACAACCACCAGACGUAACGCACAAUACUCGUGAAGGUGGUCGCCGCACCACAGGCGCAGCUGAUAGAGUCAAUCAUUAUGCGACGACAACAUCAAACGAUACAAUGGGAACCGGUACGGGCCGGUGGAAGGUUUCUGCGAAGAUUCAACAAUUGUUGAAUACGCUGAAACGACCCAAGCGCAGACCGCUGCAGGAGUUUUAUGAAGAUGACGAUAUCGAAUUGGAAAUUGCUGCGAGUCCAAAGGAUCCCAAUGCACCCAAACCUGAAGGAGGCUGUAUGACACCUGCUGUUGGUGAACAAUUAAUCGUCCCCUCGGGACUCCCUCGUAAUGUUGAGACAGCCAUCACGAGAUACGGCUCCGGAUCUUUUAAGGCCUCAGUUGCUACUGUGCUGGAUCCAAAUGGCAAACUAACGACCACGCUGACCUAUGGCAAGUUGUUGAGUCGGUCCUAUAAGAUUGCCUACGCGCUAUUGACGAAGGCGUUUAGCCGAAACGGCGACACCAGCCUGAAAUGUGGCGAUCGCGUCGCUCUGGUCUACCCCAACAAUGAUCCUAUUAACUUCCUUUGUGCGUUCUACGGUUGUCUACAAGCGGGUAUCGUCCCUGUGCCCAUCGAGGUGCCCAUCACACGCCGAGACGCCGGUUCUCUACAAAUCGGUUUUCUCCUUGGCAGCUGCGGCGUGCAAGUCGCGCUCACGUCUGAGGCAUGUCUCAAAGGUCUGCCUAAAACUACUUCCGGCGAGGUGGUGCAGUUCAAAGGCUGGCCGAAGCUACACUGGUUCGUUACCGAACAUCUUGCAAAGACCCCGAAGGAUUGGUCGCCUGCCCCGCGUCUCACUGAUGAAACACCAGCGUAUAUUGAGUAUAGUACUGAUAGGGACGGUUCUGUUAUGGGUGUAACCAUAACACGCGCGGCAAUGUUAUCCCACUGUCGCACACUCUCGAUGGCUUGUGGUUACACCGAGGGUGAGAAUAUGGUCUGCGUGUUGGACUUUAAACGGGAGGUGGGUCUCUGGCACUCGGUGCUUACAAGCGUUUUGAAUGGCAUGCAUGUGAUCUACAUUCCGUACGCGUUGAUGAAAGUCAACCCGGCUAGCUGGAUGCAGAUGAUUACUAAAUAUCGCGCUACUGUCGCUGUGGUCAAAUCACGUGAUCUGCAUUGGGGUUUACUGGCAACUAAAGACCACAAGGAUAUCAAUUUAUUAUCCUUGCGCAUGUUGCUGGUUGCAGAUGGAGCUAAUCCAUGGUCGUUGAGUUCUUGCGAUCAAUUUUUAACUGUGUUUCAAUCAAAGGGACUGAAACCAGACGCCAUUUGCCCAUGUGCUAGCUCCAGCGAGGUGUUGACCGUCUCGGUGAGACGGCCAGGACGUGGCGGGACCAACUCCACCGGUCGUGGUGUUUUGUCCAUGCAAGGUCUAAGCUAUGGAGUUGUACGAGUGGAUCAAGAAAACAGUCUGACAUCGCUAACGCUGCAGGAUUGCGGACAGGUAAUGCCUGGUUGUGUGAUUGUGGUGGUCAAAAUGGAAGGACCAGCGUAUCUGUGUAAGACCGAUGAGGUGGGCGAGAUCUGCGUGAAUGCAGGCUGCACUGGCACGCAAUAUUGGGGAUUGCAAGGACUGAGUAAUAACACUUUUAAAGUGCAACCGCUUGGUACGGACGGUAAGCCUAUCUCGGAUGCUGAAUACACUCGCUCCGGGUUGUUGGGUUUCCUCGGGCCUGGCGGGUUGGUGUUUAUUUGCGGUUCGCGUGACGGUCUGAUGACUGUCACGGGUCGGAAGCACAACGCUGACGACAUCAUCGCUACAGUAUUAGCUGUUGAACCGAUGAAGUUCAUCUAUCGAGGGCGUAUCGCUGUGUUCAGUCAUCGUGUCCUACGCGAUGAAAGGAUUUGCGUCAUUGCUGAACAACGACCUGACUGCAGCGAAGAGGAGUCGUUCCAGUGGAUGUCUCGGGUAAUUCAAGCGGUCGACUCGAUUCAUCAAGUGGGCAUUUAUUGUCUGGCGCUGGUACCACCCAAUUAUCUACCUAAAACUCCAUUAGGAGGGAUACACUUGUCGGAAACCAAGCGGCGAUAUCUGGAAGGCACACUGCAUCCGGCAAAUGUGUUGCUGUGCCCGCACACAUGCGUCACCAAUCUGCCCAAGCCACGUGAAGUGCAUUCAGCAACGGACUGUGUUUCAGACGUUGGCCCUGCGUCUGUCAUUGUUGGGAACCUCGUACAAGGUAAUAGGCUGGCCAGCGCACAAGGGCGCGAUAUGGGAUUAGAUGACGAGAAUGAUUCCAAGAAGCUUCAUUUUAUUUCUGAAAUUUUACGCUGGCGAGCCGUUUACACCGCCGAUCACAUCCUCUUCACGCUUCUGAACAGUAAGGGAACACCCGCCAAGCAGCUCUCUUGUUCCGAGUUACACAAACGUGCUGAACGUAUUGGAAAUCUGCUAACUGAGAAAGGCCGCAUCAAUACCGGCGACCAUGUGGCGCUCGUUUUCCCACCGGGUUUAGAUUUAAUCUGCGCGUUUUAUGGUUGUCUCUAUGUUGGUGCUGUACCAAUCACGAUUCGUCCACCGCAUCCGCAGAACUUGCAGACGACGCUACCCACAGUUCGAAUGAUUGUGGAUGUGUCCAAGUCGGUGAUUGUGCUCUCUACGCAGGCUGUGAUCAAACUGCUAAAGUCGAAGGAGGCGAGCAAUGUUUGCGAUAUUAAAACAUGGCCGCCUAUUCUGGACACCGACGAUAUGCCGAAGAAGAAGAUUCCUGUUGCAUACCGCGCACCAACGGCGGAGAUGUUGGCGUAUCUUGACUUUAGCGUCUCGACUACAGGCAUGUUAGCUGGCAUUAAAAUGUCACAUGCCGCUGUUACCAACUUGUGCAGGAGCAUGAAGCUCGCUUGUGAGUUGUACCCAAGUCGGCAUAUAGCCCUUUGUUUGGACCCUUAUUGUGGACUUGGAUUUGCACUCUGGUGUUUGAGUAGUAUAUACUCUGGUCAUCACUCGAUAUUGAUACCACCCUCCGAGGUGGAAGUCAACCCGUCACUAUGGUUGUGCGCCGUCAGCCAGUACAAAGUCCGUGAUACGUUCUGCUCGUACGGCGUAAUGGAACUGUGCACCAAAGGCCUUGGUUCCUCCGUGAACCAACUGAAAUCCCGCGGUGUGAACCUCGCCUGUGUGCGAACAUGCGUAGUUGUCGCCGAGGAACGACCACGUAUUAAUCUCACCGUCAGCUUCUCAAAACUCUUCAGCGCACUGGGACUAAGUCCACGCGCUGUUUCCACAUCUUUCGGGUGUCGUGUCAACGUUGCGAUUUGCUUGCAGGGCGCUUCCAGCCCAGAACCAUCCAGCGUAUUCGUUGAUCUGCGUGCUUUGCGCAAUGAUAGAGUUACACUGGUCGAACGCGGCAGUCCGAAUAGUCUCUGUGUAAUGGAGUCGGGUAAACUCCUACCGGGAGUGAAGGUGAUUAUCGCCAAUCCCGAAUCGAAGGGGCAGUGCGGUGAUUCGCAUCUUGGUGAGAUUUGGGUACAGAGUGGUCAUAACGCCAGCGGAUACUUUACCAUCUAUGGGGAGGAGAGCGAUUAUGCUGAUCAUUUUCAUUCGCAGCUGGUGACGGGCAGUACCGGAGAAGUGUACGCCCGGACGGGUUAUCUAGGGUUUUUGCGACGCACUGAAGGCGUGGAUAAUUCUAGUAUUGGGGAGGAUACUGUUUUGGGAGGCAGCGAUACCGAGUCGUUGGGUUCACAACAACACAUUACAACCGACUCGCCGGAGCUGCAUGAUGCUGUUUUUGUUGUCGGUGCUUUAGACGAAGCGAUUACGCUCAGAGGGAUGAGGUAUCAUCCCAUCGACAUAGAAAACAGUGUUUUAAGGUGCCAUAAAAAGAUUGCUGAAUGCGCUGUCUUCACAUGGACAAAUCUUCUCGUAGUCGUAGUAGAAUUGGAUGGUAACGAAAGCGAAGCGCUGGAUCUGGUGCCACUGGUGACCAACACGGUGCUUGAAGAGCACCAGUUGAUUGUCGGCGUCGUUGUCGUGGUGGAUCCCGGCAUUGUGCCGAUUAACAGCCGCGGCGAGAAGCAGCGCAUGCAUUUGCGCGACGGCUUCCUCGCGGACCAGUUGGAUCCCAUCUACGUCGCCUACAAUAUGUAAACAGUAAACACGGGGCCGAGGGCCCAGUGUGCGCGCACCCAUUUGCAAUAAGCGCGUAUUCGACGAAGCGUAAUGAAUAUUUUUAUCUAGGCUCAACAAUUUUUGACCAGUUAGCGAUUAGAGUUUUAUAUGUGUAGGAACCGAACGCGGAGAUUAUGUUAUGUUUUUAAAUAAGGUGUUUUUAUUAUCUGCCAUUUGUUUUCGUGAUUUUAUUCGAUAGUACGCCGUGACACUUUGGGUAUAAUAUCUAGCAGAGUUUGAGCGGUCUUUUACACAAGUAAUACAUGAUGUAUUUGGACGAAAUUUGCGCUCAAGCAGACAACAAAAGAAGAAAAACAUACACACACACACGAUUUAGUAAUUAAUGUCUUAACAAGUUAUAGCUGAUGUGUAAGUGUAAAUACUAAUAUGGCUCUAGUUAGAGUUAGUUUUAUAUAUUGUUAAGUUGUACAGAACUGACUUGGAUUCUCUCUGUGCAAUACCCCGUUUUCUCUUGAGUUUGAUUUCGCUGGACGUUAAACAAUUUCAUUCGCUUCGCGUCGCUCGUUUCACGCAUUGAAUUAUCUUAUCGUGUUUAAGAAUGUGAUUUAUGAUUUAAGCAGAAGCAUUUACAAAUUAUGUUUCGCAUAGUAUCUUUAUGCAUAUUAUACUUUGUCCAUUAGUCUGUAGAUUAUUUAAAUUACUCUAGUCUAAUUUAAUUAGCAAUACGACGAAUCUUUUUUAUUCCAGUUACUACAAGCGUUAAAUUACAUUUCAAUUUACUAUGUACUAUGAUUAUGAGUGGCUAAUCAAGCGAUCAAUUUGUUAAAUCACAUGUAAUAUUUUCUUUUUCAAUAUAAGCUCAAUAUCUA